AAGUCAAAAUCCCUACAUAUCGCCGCACGAUCUAAAACAUUUCCAAUCAAAAGUUCAACACAAACACAAGCAUCUCUCUCUCUUUCUAGAUAUUCCCAAAUUCUAGGGUUUGUGUUCAUCAUCAAAUUCAAUCACACACGCAAUUCAUCCAUGAAACCACCAAACACCUCCAACAUCUUCCUCUGUUCCCUUUAAUUCACGGCGGUAUCAUCAUCAAUUAGGUUUUUUUCAUUCGAUUUGUUAGUAAUGUUUAAUAUUCCUUUUAUUCAAUCAUCCUCAUCGCUGAUUAAGCUCGUAAAUCUCCGUGUGUUUGGUCCUGGCUUGAAUCCUUUUGCUCCGUACAAUAUGGCUAAUCAUUUCUCUCGUUAAUUUUCCUUUUUCGUUGAUUUUGUUACUCCAAAUCAUGUAAAACAGUUGAACAGACGAUUGUGUGAGAUUCGUGUCUUUUCUUUUGUUUUUAUUGUAAAAAAAGUGUUUACGAUCAAGUUAUUUGGUUGAUUGGUUUGAAAGAGGUGUUUAAUUGAGGUGUGUUUGGAAGAUAAAGGAGGAGGAAUGAUUCCGGAUUACUUCUUGUAUUCGAAUAGUAAUCGCAGGCGUAUAAAGCGUUCCUAUAGCAUGCGAUCCAGUGGCUCUGGAGAUGAUAGGGACGAUAGAGGCUGGACGAAUCUUCACGUUGGUGCUCGAAAGGGAGAUCUUAAGGAGGUAAAAAGGCUUCUUGAUGAAGGAAUGGAUGCAAAUGUGGCAGCACUGGGCCCUAAAUCUCACGGGCUCACCCCUCUUCAUCUUGCUGCCAAGGGUGGUCACAUAAAGGUUAUGGAUGAAUUGCUUGAGCGUGGUGCCAAUAUCGACGCUCGGACCAAAGGCGCGUGUGGCUGGACCCCGCUUCACACUGCUGCAAAAGAAAGAAACAGGAGAGCAAUCAGGUUUCUAAUUGAAAAUGGAGCAUUCUUGCCGGAUAACAUCGAGGACACCAGAUUUAAUCCACCCGUUCAUUAUUGUCCUGGUCUUGAAUGGGCAUAUGAGGAGAUGAAACGUGUUCAGCAAGAAAGUAGCUGCUCGUCUUCAGGAGAAAGCUCCUACAGUUCUUAGAACUAAAACACUAUUUUCACUUCGGCUGCUUUGUUGGAUGUUUUGCAAGCUAUUUGCCAAUGGUUUGUUGCAGAAGAAUUUGGUUUCUUUUUAAUAAGUAUAUAUAUGUGUUGCUUUAUUUCAUUUAUGGGUGUUUGUAUGGAUCUGAAUGUUGAUUUAUAUGAAUUCUAUUAGAUGCAUAAUAUACUAUUUUAUUGCUA